CUGGGCGUCCGGAGGGCGUGGCAGUCCCUGGGGCUCGGGGAGUGGGGCUCCCAUCACUCGUUUAGGCUACGAGAACUGACUGCCCGCAGGCCUGACCGAGCCGUGGGCCCCUGUCCUGCUCCAGUCCCCGCCACAGCUCCUUUAUACCUGGCCAGGCCUUCCCAGGGGGUCCUUCGGGGCUGGCGUCGCCCCUUCAGGAAGCGAGGCAUCUUCCCCGCGAAAGAAUUAGGGCCGCGCCCUUGCCACCGGUAUCCGACUUUAAAACGGCCUUUAGACAUUUAGAGACUUAUCCCUAGGGACACCUUUUCCCUCGUGCCCUCUUUUCACGAAGCCAGUUGCCUCUUUCCGAACGCCUCUUUAUCCACGGGCCCUGUGAGGGCGCGCUCAUUCGGGAGGGUCUGGGGAGAAGCCAUUACCCCUGAGGAGAAGUGAAGUUUUCAUCCCGAAAAGCCAGUGGAGGGGAUCCCGGAGGAUCAAUUCCGUGGGAGACCUGAGCUGUAGGUACUCCACCCAAGAAAUAUAAAACAACAACAAAUUGGAGUCUGAAACUUCAGGCCCAGAUAAAUUGGACACUGCUGGAAGUGGGCAAUGGCUGUUGCCCUGGGUUGUGCAAUCCAGGCCUCCUUAAAUCAGGGCUCAGUGUUUCAAGAGUAUGAUACUGACUCUGAAGUGUUCCGUCAGCGCUUCAGGCAGUUCCAGUACAAAGAAGCCGCUGGGCCUCAUGAAGCUUUCAACAAACUCUGGGAGCUUUGCUGUCAAUGGCUGAAGCCAAAGAUGCGUUCUAAAGAACAAAUCUUGGAGCUUCUAGUGUUGGAGCAAUUCCUAACAAUUCUGCCUACAGAGAUAGAGACCUGGGUGAGGGAACAUUGCCCAGAGAAUAGAGAAAGAGUUGUGUCACUGAUAGAAGACUUACAAAGAGAACUUGAGAUACCAGAGCCACAGAUCGAUAGGCAGGAAAUGCUCUUGGAAGACCUGGCAGCAGUUGGAAUGACAGACAUACCACCAAACAUCCAUGUGGAGGUACCCCCACUCCAAGCAAUGGGACCUGUCCCUGAGGCCCCAGUGGCAGAGGCAUGGAUCCCACAGGCAGGGUUGCAAGAACUGAGCUAUGGCGCUGCUGGGGAAGGCCAGCCCUUUCUGGACCCUGGAUAUCCAAUACCAAAGCUUGAUAUGAGCUUUCCAUUGGAGCAUAGAGAAGAGGCAUGGGUGAAGGAACUACAAGAUUCCAAAGAAAUUAAACAAUUACUUGAAUCCAAGAUAGGUUUUGAGAUUGGAAUAGAAAAUGAAGAAGAUCUUUCAAAACAGAAAAAACUGGAAAAUAUGUACCCAUUUCUUGUUACUUUAGAGGGUAAUGCUCUCCAUGGUACCAGUUUACAAAAAGACUAUGUACAGUUAGAAAAUCAAUGGGAAAAACCCCCAGAGGAUUUACAGACAGAUUUGACAAAACUUGUAGAUCAUCAUAAUUCCUCAGGAGAGAAACCUGAGAGUUCUAGCUUGGAAGAACCUCUCACUAGCUUGGAAGAACCUCUCACUAGCUUGGAAGAACCUCUCAACCCUAAAACCCUUAAGAAAAAGAGUACAGGAGAUAAACCUCACCGAUGUUCUCAGUGUGGAAAAUGUUUUGCCCGGAAGUCACAACUUACAGGGCACCAGAGAAUUCAUUCAGGAGAGGAACCUCAUAAAUGCCCUGAAUGUGGAAAAAGAUUCCUUCGUAGUUCAGACCUUUAUAGACACCAACGACUUCAUACAGGGGAGAGACCCUAUGAAUGCACUGUAUGUAAAAAGCGAUUCACUCGGCGCUCACACCUUAUAGGGCACCAGAGAACCCAUUCUGAAGAAGAGACAUAUAAAUGCCUUGAGUGUGGGAAAAGCUUUUGUCAUGGAUCAAGUCUUAAAAGACAUCUGAAAACUCAUUCGGGUGAAAAACCUCAUAGAUGUCACAAUUGUGGAAAAAGUUUUAGUAGACUGACAGCUCUUACUUUGCACCAGAGAACUCACACUGAAGAGAGACCUUUUAAAUGUAAUUAUUGUGGGAAAAGCUUUAGACAGAGACCAAGUUUAGUUAUUCAUUUAAGAAUUCAUACAGGGGAGAAGCCAUACAAAUGUAGUCAUUGUUCUAAAAGCUUCAGGCAGAGAGCAGGCCUUAUUAUGCACCAAGUCACUCACUUUAGAGGACUUCUUUAAGAAUUAUUAAAGGAAACAGGUCAUGCAGAAAUUAGCACUAACUCAGAAAAAAUCUUAACCUGAAGCAGUCUGUUUGUCUUGAAAGAAUCUUUUUUUGUUGUUUGAGCUUAUAAGAACAGCUUUUUAAAAAAUAUCUUAACCCAUCUUCCAAGGCAUGUGAAUUCUAGAGUGUCUCCCUACUCUUGCAACUUCCCUAGAUUUGAUAUAUUUUAUCUUUACAACUCUUAUUUUUCAAUGACAAUGAAAAUUUUUGUGUCCCAAGCCAACUGUAAAGCAUAUAGGGUAGCGUCAAUAUAAUGGAUAACCACAUCUAUCUGAUAUAUCUAUUAUAGUAGCACCAUAAUUAUUCUGCUGUCAUUAUUAAAGGUGGUUAUAUACCACCUUUAUUUGUGUCCCAAGGGUAAGAAAGGAAACCGUGUAUUUUGUCAAAUAAUAAAAAUGUGUCAGGGACAUGUGAAUAAAGAGGAUUUCAUUUGCCUCGUAAAAACUGAGUUAUUUCCAUUGAAAAUUUUUAUGUUAAAGGAAUUAAGAUUUUAACCUUGUGAAUUUUGCAAAGUUUACUAGUUUGCUUAUUUGGCUAUUUGGGGUGAUGCUGCUUGGAGCUAUUAAUUUAAUGAUUUAUUUAUGUCGAAGAAUCCAUUCGACAGUUGAAGUCAUACAAAUAGAAUGUAAUUUGGUGUAGAUAAUUAAGGAGCCAAUGUCCAUUGCUUUUUAUUCUCCUUUAGUAUUCAACCAUAUGUUUCUCAGUGCUUUUAAAAUUUUAUUCAUUCUUUAAUUUGGUGUCUCCCUAAGUGUGUGUUAUAGAACUCUUAAUUCUAUAAGAUAUUCUACAAAUAAGUUUUGGAAUCCCUUCCUGCUCUUUCUGCUUUCUAGAUUCACAGUGCAUGUCAACAUAUAAGAAUCUCUGACAGGUCCUUCAGUAAAGACAGAGAAAGCACCUCUCUUGGCUUAAUGUUUUACAGACCUGUUUGACCCCAGAACCUUUUUUCAUGUACACUCAAAUAACAACCCACAGAGCUAGUAUUCUGCAAAUAUUCCUUGGAAUACAUUACCUUUAAUAUAUAUUUCUAUAGUUAUCAAUAUAGUCUUAUUGUUCCCAAGCCUAGUUAUCUUCAUUCAUUUGAAGGGUGUUAUGAAAAAUUAUUUACACAUAUAUGUUUUUUAUGUAAGACACACAUGAACAUACACAUACAUUUUAAGGCGAUGAGGGUCACUAAUUCAGAUACUUUAUAUAUUGCUCAGUGAUUCUCAACCUCUUUUUACUUAUAAUCACAUACCACACAUUGCUACUUAUAUAAAUGUUCUCAUAUAAUCGUAGUAAUGACUCAAAUUUCUGUAGCAAGGGAAGAACUCUCUUUGUCAAUUAAAGUUGUUAAUACAUGAAAAUAUUUGUUCAGCCUAGUUCCUUGUUAUAAAAUACAGGAAAUAGGACAUUCAAGUAUUUGACCUUUAUGAAGAUACCAGUCUUCCUUUCCUUAAACUAGAAUUAGGGAAAGUAUAUGCUUUCUGUUCCACAGAAGUUCUUAGAAGUCGUACUUAAUAUAAUAUAAGUAUUUGGGGGGUAUCUACUUUGUGCCUAACUAGUCCUGUUCUAGGCUUAAUGGAAACUAGUAAAGAAACUAAUUCAUGGGUCAGAUUCAUAAAGAGUUUAUAAUAUCUUUAGUUAAACAAAAGUUGGGAAAUAAAUGGAGAACAAUGCAAGAGAGAUUGUAUUAAGUGCCAAAUCAUAUCAAGUGCUAGAGCCAGGAUGUGUCUUUUAAUUCUUGUCAUCUAGGACCCUGUACGAUGCUGCUAUAAGUGUGGGGUUAAAAUUCAGAUCCUAGUAGCAAUAAGAUGUAACAUGGGAGGAGUCUGAAUGUAGAGAUGAAAAACACUGAAUGUAAUGGCUUCUCUUUUUCUCUCUUGUGGAAUUGCAUUCCAACUAGAACAGUGCCUUAAAAUGGAUGUGCCCAACUGCUCUGUAUCUAUGCAAUAUUUUAAUAAA